AUGGCCGACAUAGAGGCCUCCCUGGGGCAUGCAUGGAAAGCAUUGUCGGAAGAUCUGAAGACGGUUGCAGCCAAGCAUAAUGUCGAGAUCGAUACUAUGCUCCAAACAGGCACCAGCGAUGUGUCAGCUAGUGAACACGAUUCUGCUCGACUGCCUGUGGCCACAAUGCUAGAGAACUUGUCCAGAGCCCUCCUGGCCGCGAUUCAGAUGGGUUUAAAUGCGUUGAGUUUUGCUUGGGCUGUGGACACCAUGUUGGUCCUGGCAGAGGCGCCUAGAACCGUCGAGCUUUGGCGACGAUACUUCGGCCUCUGCAAGCGGGUCAUAGGGUACUCCCCAAAGCCACAGAAUCCGGACUGCAUCCUGGACGUCGCACGGCGCGUCAUCGGUGAUGAGCGACUCAAUCACGACGACCAACUUCUUCGUGCAGCGCUACGAAUUGUCGCCAACUGCUGCGCCGACAACAACACCAAUCGCUCUUUGAUUGUGUAUCGCGACGGUAUCCAGGGUCUCAAAGCCCUUGUCAAAGCUCAACGCCAUCUCGAUCUGGUGUUGCCCACACUCUUCAACGUCUGCACAGACUUCGAUGAAGCUGCGUCUGAUAUCAAAGGCGAGGAAGAUGUGGAAAUCUUUGUGUCUUGUGCCGCAGCUGAUCUUGGGAAACCCGUUGGGGAGGACUCCACGGCUGUUCUGCUAAUAAAGACGCAUCAUGAGCGCUUUGUCCCCGCUUUGGUCGAACUGUCCCUUCUCCCAGCGGCAUUCGGUCUCAAACACGUUCUGGUCCCAGCAGCAACAGGCCACAUACUGGACCCGAAGCCACUUUUCGCCAGGCUCUUCAGAUAUGGCCGCCGGAUGAAGUCUUCGCGAUACGACGAUACUGACGAGUGGGAAGAGACUCGAGACGAACUAUCGCGAGCCUGCAUAAGCCUCCUUCGGACGGAUGAUGCCCAGAUCGCGUUAGCGAAGUCACCCGAGAGCUUUUGGGAUUAUCUUGAAUGCUACUGGAAUCUCGGCGAGGAGGCCUCCCCAUACCUGCCUGCAUUCCGCCAGAUCGUCCACUAUGUGUCCGGUCGUCCCGAAUACGUGGCAGCACACCCCGUAGACUCCGACGCUUUCAGAGAGCUUGUCGAAAACCUCGAAUAUGUCCACGACCCUAGUUCCGACUUACCUCAGAACCCCAACUACGAGCGACCCAUAUCGAUAAUGACACUCAUUCACAACGCCUUCUCAACACAGCAGCACGUGGUUGACGCCGUAGCUGAAUUCCCCGGGCUUCCUGAAAGCGUGUUGGACAUGGUGGACGCAUACUUCGACAAGCUCCCGUCGUUAACAGCAGGAAUAGCCCUACUCACGCGUUUCAGCAUUGUCCCAGAGGCUCGUGACGUGCUAAUCAAUCAUUCGAUCUUUAACGCCUUGUAUUUCAUGCUCGGCAAAGCACGUGCACAGAGAGAGCACUUGCAGAGGCCUCCCGAAGUCAAUGCAGCCAGACUCAAGGAGAGUUUAGCACUGAUCAACCUCACGCGCCUACUGAUCGUCUCCCGGGACAUCGUCUCCCGGCGCAUCAACUACAAUCCAAACUUUUUUCCAGAUUUGCAUUCAGAAAUUAUGCAGCUUCCAAUCGCCUCUUUCGACGAUGACGCCAAACACGACCUCGGCCAAUACUGCAUCCAGGUCCUGCGCUGUCUGGCCGCAGAGGGCUCCUCGGCGAAAGACUUGCCCACCUACGGCACAAAGACCGCGCCCUUCAUGACAGCCGUCCUCCAUCAAGCCUCGAGCCCCCGCUCGCAGCAGACUACUGGGAUCUUUGGGCUUACGCUACUCCUGUCGUCGUCCUUCACGCCGUCUCUUGACGUGCUUGAGACGGGAGCGCGAGAAGCUCUCACGGAGGCCAUCAGGGAGACGUUGCUGCCGCUCUUUGUGACCUUGGUGGAGAGGCGAAAGGAGCAGAGGCAACAGGCAGCUGGGCUGGAGCCGGAGCCGGAGAAGCAGUACGAGGUUGAUGAAUUGGAAGAAAUCGACUCUUCAAUUACCAGUAGGGAGGACUCUGCGGUGGCGACCUUGUCAAAAGAUGCCCAGAUCGAAGCGACACAGGCCGCAAAGACAACAGCACAUGAGGCGAACCUGAAGAGGCUAUGUAUGGAGCUACUACGUCUCCUAGGAGACUCAGAGCUGUCAGACGAAAUGGAGUUGUACGCCGAACUGGAACGUUUGCGCUCUGGAAUGGGCCUUUGA